AUGACAAAAGGCUGUGUGCAGGGCUCUGCUUGUGGCCCGGUCUUUUGGAACUUAAUCCUGGACGAGCUUCUCACCCUGCCUCUGCCUAAGGGCGCUCACAUACAGGCAUUCGCGGACGACGUACUGCUGGUAGUUGAGGGAGCAGAACGGAAGGAUGUUGAAGCCACCACCUCCAUCUGCCUUGAUGAUAUUAAUUCCUGGGGAGAACGCGUCAAGCUCAAGUUUGGCUCUGACAAAACCCAUGCAAUUUCAUUUACACCGCAAACUAAGCAGGCAAAUCUUAAAAUGGCAAAUAGCACAAUUUCAUUAACAGAUCAAAUUAAAAUUCUGGGAGUCAUCAUCGAUUCAAAACUCAAUUUCAUUCAACAUGUAAACUAUAUUCUCAACAAAGCCACAAAAAUAUUGAAAAACAUCUGCAAAUUUGUCCGACCAACUUGGGGAGUUCACCCCGAGAAUGUCGAGUGUAUCUACCGACAAGUCAUCGUCCCAAUAAUCACAUAUGCAGCAGGCAUCUGGGGCUCGGCUACCAAAUUCUACUCCGUGCGUCGAGCCCUCAGAUCCUUCCAAAGGAGCUUUGCCAUCAGGGCAAUCCGCGGCUUCCACACCAUCUCGGCGGUCGCAGCCCUGGCUAUAGCUCAAUUCCCCCCACUCCAUCUUGUAAUAGACGAGUCUCUCGAAAUUCACAAGACCAAAAAGACAGGAAUAUGCCAGGAGUUACCGGAUGACAUAGCACUGUACUCAAAGACCAAAGUAAGAGGCCUUCUACACCCGGCCAAACGAGUCACCAUUACCUAUGACGAAGCCACAACGCAAGAGGACACCACUGCACUUAUUAAUCCUGAUGCCCCCAAUAUUUUCACCGACGGCAGUAAAAAGGAAGACGGGCAAGCGGGGGCUUCGUUUGUGGUAAUGAUGGAAGGACAGCGACCCGUAAUAAAGAAAUUUAAAUUGUGCCGCACCGCCUCAGUAUUUAUGUGCGAGCUAUUCGCCAUAGCAGAAGCCCUCAAGUGGCUUACAAACGCAAAUACUCAUUUCACUGAAGCUCUUAUCUUCUCCGAUUCUCAAUCAUCCCUCAAGGCCAUCCAAGAUCGCAGCAAUACCGACCCAUUAGUAAAUCGAAUCCACCACCUCAUCUCCUUCCUUUCAUCUAUCAAUACAACUGUUAAAUUCGUCUGGUCCAAGGCUCAUGUUGGCAUAGUGGGAAAUGAGAUAGCAGAUGUCGCGGCUAAGGAGGCUGCAGAGAAGAAAACCGCAACUCUGCUAAAUCAUUUCCCGCUCUCACACGCCAAGCGACUCCUGCGCCAGCGCACUUUGGACGCUUGGCAAUGCGAAUAUGAGUCGGCCCCACAAGGGAUCGAAGGUGGCGUCGAGACGAAGAGAAUGAGGUACAACAAUCGGGUGUGGACACUCAAGAGAUGGGUGCCCGUUCUAUGGGUGCGAGGUAUAAGGAUCGAAGGUGGCGUCGAGACGAAGAGAAUGAGGUACAACAAUCGGGUGUGGACACUCAAGAGAUGGGUCGGUUAG